AUGCCUCCUCUUCCUGAUUUUGAUUCAUCCAAGUUAUUAGGUGCUUUGGAGAUUGGUGCUUUUCUCAGCAUAUUCAUGUUCGGUGCUGUGACGAUGCAGGGCCACGUCUACUACCAGAAUUGCAAGGAUGAUUCUAAGUGGUUUAUUUUCUUCAUUACCUCAAUCUUGCUUCUUGAACUCGGCCAUGCAAUCGCAACCGCUCGCUCUGUUUGGUGGGCCACUAUCACAAUCGCUGAUAUGGUCAUCAAACCAGGUAAUGGGUAUUCCAUUGCCGCAUGCACGCUAUGCUCAACGGUCACUACCUUCCUUGUUAAGGCCUACUAUAUCGACCGCGUUCGACGACUUAGUUCCAAAUGGUGGCUGGCCAUCAUCGGGUGGCUUUUAACCGUCAUCAACUUCGGUGCUUCGUUGAUGGUCACCUACGAAACGUUCCGAGACGUUCCUCGAGAGCCAAACAAUUUCGAACUCCAGAGAGAAUGGGGUUGGCUCAUCACCCUGAACUUGGGCUUAGAUGCGUUGGCGGAUGUGUUUAUUGCAGCAGCUUUGGUCUAUCAAUUGAGGCAACUUGCUAUGCCGGUACAUGCCUCUCCAAUGAAAAAGUAUAGGAAUUCUGCAAAAAUGUUGAACGAGUUACUACUAUGGACAAUCGAAACAGGUUUAUUGUCCAGUGUCGCAUCAAUUGCUGCUCUUGUCUGUUUCCAUCUCAUGGAAUUCAAUUAUAUAUGGUUUGCUGUCUAUCUACCCUUGGCCACGCUUUACUCGAAUUCUCUCCUCGCUUCACUAAAUGCAAGAACUGUCAGACGGCGGCGUCUUGGCUUGGUCCAGCAACAACAGAGCGCACCAAGCUCUGGGAACUCAUAUCGAUCUCAAGUUAGCCUUCGGAGUGUCAAGGUGUCUUCGAGCUGGGCUAGUGGUACCUCGGGUACAAGGAGAUCAACUAUUGGUUCUUCUUGUGCUCGAGUCAAUCCUUCUGUUCCAGCCUCACCCAACCCCCGGAGAUCAACAGUCGGUUCUGGGAGUCCUGUAGCUAAUAGUAAUAAGGAAAACAUCACUGCUGAUAAUGGUAAUCCGAGACAUCGAAUCAACUCCCUUCUGCUCGACAUAAAUGGCAAGAGAAGGAUGAGAGAGAGUCAUGUGUAUACCAGUACCAGGCCUCGAACGCUGUUGUACUAA